UAGUUCCUGUGGUCACAGUCCAUCGUGGGGAACCGGUGACUUUGACAUGCGUAAUGACUGAGAAGUUUGAAACUGUGACCUGGGUUCACUGGUACAAGCAAAGUGCAGGACAUACUCUGAUAUUAAUUGCAAUGCUGCGUAAAAGUACAAGUACAAUGCCCACCUACGGCCCGGGAUUCUCAAAAUCAAGAUUCCAAAUAACAUAUAUUGACAACAUGAGCAACUUGAUAAUUUCAUCAACAUUAGAACAAGAUGAGGGAAUGUACCAUUGUGCUUAUAUGGACUGGACUGAAUCUACUUGGACUGGGACCUAUUUGUCAUUAAAAGAAAACUCUCAGAGGAUUUCGAGCUUCACUGUCGUUCAGGACCCAACACUUUCUAAUCCCGGCAGUGACACAGACUUAGAGACUCUGCAGUGUUCUGUUCUCUCCGACUCUGUAAAUGCAACCUGCUCAGGAGAACCCAGUAUGUUCUGGUUCAGAGCCAUAUCAGACACAUCCUACCCAGAUUUCAUCAUCGCUGAGGGAAAAAUACCUGAAAACUGUGAAAAGACGUCAAACAAUCAGAAGAAAUGUAGUUAUAAUUUCAGUAAAGUUGUCAAAUCAUCUGAAGAUGCCAUUUAUUACUGUGCUGUGGCUGCAUGUGGAGAGAUACUAUUUGGAAAUGGAACCAGUCUGAAUAAAGAAACAUGA